CUACGUGACAAUUUGUUAGUUGCUGUGGUUGCUGUUUUCUAACAGUUUUUUUAAAUUUAUGCUGAUAAGCUAAAUACAAUUGUAAAAUUUCACUUUUGGGUCAUACUUUAGUCAGCAUAAACACUACAUAUGUGAUUAUAUCAGUAUUGAAAGAUCUAUAUUGCAAAUAAAAGUAUGUCAAAGGUAAAGGCAAUUUCACAUAAUCUUAUUCAGUGGGAGCAGAGUGACAAUUCCUUAGCCCCAUUGACAGAUUGUCAAAGGAAUUGUCUAAUGGAUUUGGAAAGGAAUAUUAAUCAAAUAUUAAAUCUGCAAAACAUAGUCGACAACACUGAGAAGAAUUUGGAAGAACAGGAUUCUCAAGAAAAUUCUGUUCCAAUACAAAGAUAUCAGGAGUUACUGCAGCACUAUUUGUCUUUAGAAAGAAAAUAUAUGUCCAUGUAUGACAUGAAAUAUAACUUGUAUCUUAAUGAGCUAAAAUCAAGAAGAUUAGAAUGUCAGGAAGUUUGUUCUCAAAUAGAGGAAGCAUUAGACGAUUUCUCUGCAUUAUAUAAACAGUACACUGAAGUCUCUGGUAAGACUACUUCUUUGUAUGAGGCCAGUGAACAGCUUAUUUCCGAUCAGAAACAAUUAAAUGGAACAAUUGACAGCAUUGUGGAAUAUGUUAGAUAUUUCAAGGAGAUUGAUGUAAUCACAGAGAAACUUGAAGCAUCUACUUUGUCAGUCAACAGUGAAAUGUUUUUCAAUAUAUUGGAUAAAAUCGAUACAAAUAUAGAUUUUAUGCAAAACAACUCGUCGUAUAAUGAAAGCGGAGUUUAUCUGGUUAGGUACAAACAUUGUCAGUCAAAGGCAAUUACAUUAAUACAGAAUUAUAUUUUCAACUUGUUCUCUAAAACCACAGAGAGCAUUUUAAAUUUGAAAGAUGGAGAGGGCUCACCAGAGAAUACAGAUACAGCUCUCGCUUUGUUCUAUGGUAGAUUUCAGACUAUUUUGUCCAAAACAAAGCCAGUUAUUGAACAAAUUGAAAGUAAAUCUUAUAAGAGACAAGAAUAUGACAGUUUGUUGCUUGAAUGCCAUCAAUAUUAUUGGAGUCAACGAGGUCUAGUGCUAGGUACAAAUCAAAAGUCUUUGAAUUCUGUGAGAGAAAAAUACAACGGUGAUCAUUGCAGUUUAGUGCGACAUUCUUGUGCACUGCUUCUACACGCAUCGAUAGAUGAGCAUAAGCUGUUCUAUGAAUUCUUCUCGAAGCAAUCAAAUGGAUUGACUGCAUACCUGGAGAGCUUGUGUACUUCGCUAUAUGAUGCAUUGAGACCUUUCAUAAUACACAUCAAUCAUCUGGAGACAUUAGCAGAAAUUUGCUGUAUUCUGCGAAUAGAUCUGGAUGAAUAUGUACAAAACAAUUUUGAGCCAUUAGAAGGUUUUGGAAACAUAUGUUUGCAGUUAUUGCACGACGUUCAAGAGCGAUUGGUAUUUCGGGCGCAUUUGUAUCUGCAAUCCGACGUAUUAAACUACAAUCCUUCGUCAGGGGAUCUGGCAUAUCCGGAAAAACUGAAGAUGAUGGAGGACAUAGCUGAGUCGAUUAGAGAAGAGAUUCGUCAAACUCGUGUAAAAAGGAUUUCAGUAUCAUCUGCUGACAGCUCUGUUGUCGAACCGGUUUCUCGAAAUCAUAUAGUCAUCGAUUCUAUUUAUCAGAAGACACACAUAGGAAAUUCUCCAGCAGAUCUGCAUGCUAUGUGGUAUCCUACUGUCCGUAGAACUUUGGUAUGUUUAUCAAGGCUAUAUCGUUGCGUAGACAGGUCUGUGUUUCAAUCCCUAAGCCAGGAGGCUAUUUCUCUUUGUGUCCAAAGCAUUGAGAACGCUAGACAAGAGAUUGAGAAGAGAGCCAGCACUCUGGAUGCAGAAUUAUUUCAGAUUAAACAUUUGUUAAUUCUUAGGGAACAAAUAGCACCAUUUCAAGUUGAUUUCACCAUCAAAGAAUAUAGUCUAGACUUUUCCAAGGUGAAGACUGCUGCGUUUGGCCUGUUAGAGAAAAGUUCCAGACUCUUUACCUUGUCUAACAACGCGUUAUUGCAAUUUCUUUUGGAAGGUGCACCUCAGAUGAAAGAACAACUCAUCGAUUCCAGAAAACAUGUGGACGCAAAAUUGAAAUUCACGUGUCAGCGAUUAAUACAACAUGCAACUUAUUUAUUGAUAUAUCCCGUUAUCAAGUUGUUGGAAAAAGAAAAAUUGUAUGAUGCAAACUCGAGUCAGGAAAACGCACUAGGAAAUGCACAUGAAAUAGCAACUAUAAUAGCCGAUGUGUUAAGGACAAUUAAGUUUAAAUGUCCCGAGAUCCAACAGUCAAUGCAGUUGUAUUUGGCUAAUAAGGAAACUGAGUUUAUUCUAUUUAAACCGGUAAAGAAUAAUAUUUGCGCCGCGUUUACGCAGUUGCAUCAAACGUUGAAUAAGUAUUAUAAUGCCGAAGAUCUUUUAUUGAUCGCGUGUCCAUUACCCGAACAAAUUUCUGUAAUGUUGAGCUCGACUACGUUAGUUCAGGGAAAAUUGAAUCGAGAAUCAACUCUGAAAGGAUCACAAUCGAUUAUUAAACAAGAAACUUAAAUUAUAAGAUUUCCGUGUUUAUUAAUUUUUGGAAAUGGAAUUGUUAAGCAGAAUAGAUAGGCAGAAUAGGCAGAAUAGGCAGAAUAGAUUGCAAUAAAAAAUGUGCAAAAAUAAAUAAUUUCUACGAGAUUUCUAGAUAGAAGAAAUCGUGUAUACUGUUCAUAAUAAAAUAAAAUAAAUAAUUGGAUAAAAUUUUUAAAUUAACAACAUAAUUAACAAGAUGAACAAGAAAAAAUAAGAUGGAAUUCUCAGAUGUAUAGCAUUUUUGUUUCAAAAUAAACUAGGGCCUAGUAAAAUAUUUACAGAAAAGCGCAGCAAUAAAAAGUUGGACAUUUAACAUAUAUUACAAUUUUUUGCAAAAGAAAAAGAAUGAUUUACUUAUACUGUUACAAUUACUUUAAGUUAAUUUUAUUGUAGUUAAUAUAAACGUUUUAUUUAAUUUUUACAAAUAUAUUCUACAAUAUAAUAUA